AUGGUCGGUCCUGCAAGCUCAAUGCAAAGGUUGACGGAGAAGUUGCACAGCAUGUUAUCAGAUAUAAAGCUGGACUUGGUCCCUCCAUCUCUGAUCAACUUCAUGUCGAGGCAGCUCCUUGGCAACGGUUUCAGACUUUUCAAGAAGACUAUUGGUUUGGUGGCUAAAUCAGAAGAUUACAUAAGAGUUUUAGAAGAUCCAUUGUACACUCUUAUACGUAAAGCUAUGUAUUCUACUGAUAACACUGAUGAAAAUAUCCAAGCAAGUGAACUUGCACGGCCUCUCAGAGGAAAUGUUCAUUAA